AUGAGUCGAUUCUUCGGUCUUCGGGGCAACAGCCUCAGCAUAUUGGCAAUAUGUGGUGUUUUGAUGCCUGCGAUCCUCACAUCCGGCUACAAUGCAGCCUCAUUUGGAGGCGUAUUGGAGCUUCAAAACUUCGAAGAGCAAUUCCCCGAAAUCGAUAUUUCUACCGCUGUCAACAAAUCAUAUGCAUCAACAAUCCAAGGCCUUGUCGUGGCGGCAUAUGCAAUGGGUGUCUUCUUGGGAACACUCUCUUGUGUCUGGCUAGGUGACUGGCUCGGCCGCCGACGAACAAUCAUGACUGGAGCAUCUACUCAAAUUGUCGGAUCUAUCUUGAUGGCAAGUGCGUACAAGCUCGGCAUGUUGAUCACCUCCCGUGUUAUACUUGGCUUUGGUACCGGUGUGUUCCUAGCCACCAUACCUCUCUGGCAGUCUGAGAUCUCUCCUGCCAAGAAACGUGGGGCCCAUGUCGCCAUGAAAGGGAUCUUUAGCGGUCUCGGGAGUGCUCUGUCACUCUUUCUCGAUUUUGGAAUGUCAUUCACACCCGGCAGUGUCUCAUGGAGAUUUCCAUUUGCAUUUGUGGUGUUGCUUUCGCUCGCUGUUUUGCUGUUCAUCAUUUACCUGCCGGAAUCUCCUCGCUGGUUGAUUCGACAAGGGCGCAUAUCCGAAGCCGGUGAGGUUUUAGCUGCUUUUAACGACACAUCUAUUGAAGAUGAAACAGUUCAAGCACAGAUCAAGGACGUUCAAAUGUCAUUGGACCUCGCCGGGAAGAAAUCCCUUGGACAGCUCUUCCACAUGGGACCCCAGAGAACCUUCCACCGGGCUAUGAUUGCUCUUACGGUCAUGUUUAUCAUGCACCUGACGGGAGCCACGGUCAUAACCUUCUACACAACCUCCAUCUUCGAAAACAAUCUCCAUCUCGGAAACUCGAUGUCUACCGUCUUAGCAGCCGUGUACCAAUUGGUCGGCCCAAUCGGUGGAAUCUUCUGUGUUCUGAAGAUCGAAGGACUCGGGAGACGAGUAUUACUCCUGGGCAGCGCGGUAGGAAAUGCCGUCUGUCUAGCCCUGGUGGCUGCACUCGGGACUCAACCGCAGAACCUGAUGGCGAUGCGUGGCUCCGUGUUCUUCAUCUUUUUGUUUCACUUCAGUUACAUCAUCGGAUAUGGUGCGAUUCCAUAUUUAUACACCACAGAGAUUGCGCCUCUGCAUUUACGAACAACUAUCAACAGCAUCAGCAUCAGCUGUUCCUGGGCUAUCAAUAUCCUGAUUACUCUGGUCACCCCCAUCGCAUUCAAUAGCAUGGGACAGACAUACUUUGUCAUAUUUGCAGGUUGCAACGCGGCAAUGGUGCCUAUCGUUUACUAUUUCUUCCCCGAGACCGCUGGUCGGAGUCUCGAAGAAAUGGACAAAAUAUUUGCCCUUUCGAAGGGAAUACGCGACUGUGUGAAUGUUGCACGGCUUCUUCCUCCAGGACAAGCCACCGACUUAUCGUCUGAGAAAGACCUCGGGCCGAAUUUCAAAUGUCCUGAGCUUCAAAUGCGCGAGGUACACUCCCCUUGA